AUUGAUCUUUUUCACAUGGAUGUAGCAUUGCCAGACCAUGGUAAUUUAACUCUCAAUUUUGGUUCAGCAGAAUUUUGGUUGUAUUAAUAGUUGAGUCCAUUGUAUUGUAACUCGAAAAUAGUUAAAUCUGGGGUAAAAAUUGCAAUUUACUGCCAUGUAUUGGUGAGAAUCAUACCUGAUAUUGGAGGACAUUACAAGGAUCAAGAUGGUGACAAUUCUACUCUUUAUGGCAUUAGCUCAUCAAAUGGUCAAAUCUUCAUUGGCUGCUGGUGAAGAGAUCAGGCUGGUCAAUGGCACUAGUCGCUGCUCUGGGACAGUGGAGAUUCUUUAUGAGGGCCAGUGGGGAAGAGUGUGUGGUCAGAAGUGGGACAUCGACGAUGCCAAUGUGGUGUGUGGCCAGCUGGGCUGUGGGAGGGCUGUGAGUGUCCAAAGUAGUGUCCACUUAGGUCAGGGUAGUGGUGGCAGGCCGACUUGGCUGGAUGAUGUUGGGUGUAAAGGCAGUGAGAGCUCCCUCACAGAAUGCUCACAUGGAGGAUUGAAACACCAUGACUGUUUACAGUCUCAAGAUGCCAAAGUUGUCUGCUCAGUUAAACAUAAUAUCAGACUGGUCAAUGGGAGUGACCUCUGCUCUGGGAGGGUGGAGGUCUAUCAAAUUGGUCACUGGCGAACCGUGUGUGAUGACAUAUGGGAUUUGAAUGACUCUGCUGUGGCAUGCAGACAGCUUGGCUGUGGGAGAGCUGUUAGUGCCCCAGAGAGGGCUUACUUUGGUCAGGGCAGUGGGCCCAUCUGGCAGGAUGAUGUUGGCUGCUCUGGCAGUGAGUGCUCCAUCACACAGUGCCCACACACAGGAGGAACACACAACUGUCAUCAUGGUAACGACGCAGGUGUUAUUUGUUCAGGUGUUGUCUUGCAGACGCCUUCACUCUCCACAAACCAAUCAUAUUCUGCCUUAUUGCAAGGAGAGGAGAUCCAACUCACCUGCACUCUUCCAUCCCGUAUCCUCUGUAAUGCUGUGGAGUUCAUCUUCUAUCUGAAUGGAGACUCCAUCAUGACCGUGACCGUUGGAUCCUCACAGCCCAGGGCUACUUUAACAAAGUUUAAGAUGGAUGCUUCACACCAGGGCAGUUACCGCUGUCUCUACAGAACCAUCUCCAACAGCCAAGCCAUCAGCUCCCCUUACAGCAACGUUACUAAAGUGGUCCUGCUACAGCCCAACAUCUCUCUCAGUCCUCCAAAUGGAGGGAUGUUUUGGGAACCACAGGGGCCAGAGGUGGUUAGGGGACACAGCUUCUCCAUCACCUGCUCCAUUCAGCCACAGUAUCCUGGAGGCCUCUUCUAUCUGGACUUCUCUGGGUCCAACAGGACUGAAACUAAGCCAGCAGUCAACCACUCUGCCUCCUUCCACUUCCCUGUUGCAGAGUAUACAGACCAGGGGAACUACAGCUGCAGCUAUGGAGUCAACAUCUCUAACUGGUCAUUCAGGUCGGCUAAUAGUGAACUAGCUGUCACCAUUAGAGCGUUCAUGGUCCCCAUCAUUGUCUCUGGAGGGACUGGUGGGGUAGGACUGCUAAUUCUGCUUCUUCUAGUCAUCUGUCUAGUCCGCUGGAGGAGGAGGAUGAACAGAAAGCCAUCUACAGAGGCUGGCCAGAGAGAAUGUCUUGACAACAGACACAACAGAGGGGAGGACAACGAAGAGGGAAAGGACUAUGCUAAUGUUGAAAACGUCUGUUACCAGAGAGGUCUGGAGGGUGCAAAGAAAAAUGAGAAGGAAAAAGGGCUCAGCUAUGGAAAAUCAGAGGAUGUCUAUGACAACGAGGACGGAAACACUCAAAGAAAUGGUGUUAGUGGGGGGUCUCAUGAGAAAAUUAACAGUGAAGAUGAUGAAGAUGAUUAUGUUAAUGUCUCUGCUUAGGACAAUGCUGUAGCACAGGCAGGUGUGUCAGUUGGGUAUAGCUUUAAGAACAAAAAGUUCAAAGUAGGCUACAAAAAAAGUUGACUAAAAUCAUUAAAACCCGCCAUUAAAAUGCAACGUCUGUUUCGAGUAUCUAUGGGCUGGCUUUAGGACUACGCAGCAAUUAGCUCGGAGGGCCUGUGUGCCUUUCUCUCAGCAUUGAGCAGAGACAGUACCCAACAGCUUGCUUGAGGUCAACCUAUUUAGGCAGUUUGCCGAUUUGAUGUCGGCAUUUGAACUCGGCCUCGUAAGCCUCACAGCCAGUUUUAUGCACCUGCUACUUAUACAUUGAUGUCGGCAUUUGAACUCGGCCUCGUAAGCCUCACAGCCAGUUUUAUGCACCUGCUACUUAUACAUUGAUGUCGGCAUUUGAACUCGGCCUCGUAAGCCUCACAGCCAGUUUUAUGCACCUGCUACUUAUACAUUGAUGUCGGCAUUUGAACUCGGCCUCGUAAGCCUCACAGCCAGUUUUAUGCACCUGCUACUUAUACAUUGAUGUCGGCAUUUGAACUCGGCCUCGUAAGCCUCACAGCCAGUUUUAUGCACCUGCUACUUAUACAUUGAUGUCGGCAUUUGAACUCGGCCUCGUAAGCCUCACAGCCAGUUUUAUGCACCUGCUACUUAUACAUUGAUGUCGGCAUUUGAACUCGGCCUCGUAAGCCUCACAGCCAGUUUUAUGCACCUGCUACUUAUACAUUGAUGUCGGCAUUUGAACUCGGCCUCGUAAGCCUCACAGCCAGUUUUAUGCACCUGCUACUUAUACAUUGAUGUCGGCAUUUGAACUCGGCCUCAUAAGCCUCACAGCCAGUUUUAUGCACCUGCUACUUAUACGUUGAUGUCGGCAUUUGAACUCGGCCUCGUAAGCCUCACAGCCAGUUUUAUGCACCUGCUACUUAUACAUUGAUGUCGGCAUUUGAACUCGGCCUCGUAAGCCUCACAGCCAGUUUUAUGCACCUGCUACUUAUACAUUGAUGUCGGCAUUUGAACUCGGCCUCAUAAGCCUCACAGCCAGUUUUAUGCACCUGCUACUUAUACAUUGAUGUCGGCAUUUGAACUCGGCCUCAUAAGCCUCACAGCCAGUUUUAUGCACCUGCUACUUAUACAUUGAUGUCGGCAUUUGAACUCGGCCUCAUAAGCCUCACAGCCAGUUUUAUGCACCUGCUACUUAUACAUUGAUGUCGGCAUAAGCGGCGCAUCCGGUAGACUAGGGGAAGAUACGCUUUGCCUAAUGUCAAUAGAAUGACAUUUCCAAAAUUAGCUAUAUAAUUACUUGUGCCUUAUACAGAAAUAAAUAACAUUACAAAUACUACACCAUAUGAUUUGACCAUAGAGAUUCAUUAGCUUCUUUUAAAAAUGAGCUGUUUUUUUUGCAAUUAGUAAUUUGGCCAGCAGGCGGAAAAUAGCCUACAAAAUAGUUGAUUGUUGAGUUGCAGCAGUCCGUGGAAAGAAGUUUAGUAGGCUUAGGCCGAUCUCAAUAUUUCAAAAUACAAUCACGGGAAAAACAUAGUUUAGAAAGCAGAUGGCUAUUGCUGAGAAGAAAAGGCUCUAAUUUGUCUUCUCACGUCCCAUUUGAGUAAACAGUAGCCUCUUAUUGGCACCAGAGGAGAGCAUUUCAACCAUAUCCCCAAUGAGUGCACCACAUUCACUUGCCUUUAUCAUGGGAUCCCCAAACAUUUGGGGAGACUAAUUCCCUCCUCCAGGCUAGAUGGAUGUCAUAUUGUAGAAUUUGUGACUCUCCUUUUUCUAGGCCUAGAUUAGAUAGUUACAUAGUUGAUAGUUGUUUUUACUCAUCUGUUUGUGAGUGUCAGCAGAGUAGGCUACUAAUUUUUGUCGUAUUGAAAAAUAUAUGUUGCUUAUUCCUCCAGUCAUAUAAAGUGUAUUAGAAUUGCAUAAAAUGUGUUUAGAAAAAGGCCAAGAAAGGAGAAGAAACAUCUCUGUUUAAUCCUACACUAUGUCAUUACGCGCUCAGAAAUGCAUUGUUCAGAAUGAUCUGUUUUGCUUACAGUGAUCGAGUUAUGUGAUUAACCUAAAUUAUGACUGAAAUCUACUCAUCACAUUAGCAAUAGUAGCAUAUAUUGCAUUUGUCUGCAAAUGCGAUAGUAGAUGCAUGAAAUUCCUUUAUGACACUGAACAAAAAAUGCAACAAUUUCUAAGAUUUUACUGAGUUAGAGUUUAUCUAAGGAAAACAGUCAAUUGAAAUUAAUGAAUGAAUUAGGCCCUAAUCUAUGGAUUUCACAUCACUGGGAAUACAGAUAUUUUAACCCCUGUGUGGUGUUUUUGUUAUUCACCCAACGUUUGCGAGUCUGAUGGCCCCACAACGCUAUUGUUUUUUUUAAACAAUACAGCCAUAACAAUUUAGGUAAAAUUACUCAAUACUUAGAUGUUGAUGUCACGUUCUGACCUUUAUUUCCUUUUUUUGUCAUUAUUUAGUAUGGUCAGGGCAUGAGUUGGGGUGGGCAGUCUAUGUUUGUUUUUCUAUGAUUUGGGUAUUUCUAUGUU